AUGGAGGAUCUCACAAAGAGUUGGACAAAACUUUUGCUUUCAGAAAAAGAAGGAGAUAAACUAGAUAUGUCUAAGAGGAAGAAAACUCAGGGUUUUGUGUUAGCAGCCAAGUUUUAUACUUGUCGCUCAGUGAACCUGGAGGUAGUAGCAAAAACAUUUAGGCCACUCUGGCGUACCAAAUACAAAUUCGAAGUAAGUGAUGCUGGGGAUAACAGGUUGCUGUUCGCGUUUGAGACGGUUGAAGAUGUUGAAAAGGUGCUGCUGGGAGAGCCGUGGUCCUUUGAUCGACAUAUAGUGGUUUUCCAAAGCUAUGAUAUGUCAACUUCCAUUGAUAAACUCGAGUUCGAUAAGGUAUCGUUUUGGAUUCAGAUUCAUAACUUACCUUACUCGCUUCUAACAACGAACGUGGCCAUCAACCUUGGGGAAUCUAUUGGUAAGGUUUACAUACCAAAAGACACUACAGAGAUGAGAGGAGGUAAUUUUAUGAGGGUUAGGGUUACUAUUAACAUCUCAGAGCCACUAUGUAGGGGUAGGAGGGUCAUGUUUGAUGAGAAUAAUGAUGGCUGGGUAUCUUUCAUGUAUGAACGGUUACCCAAGAUAUGUUUUUGGUGUGGGCACCUAACACAUGAUGAUAAAGAUUGCAUAAUUUGGCUGUGGAAUGGUGGCUUUUUGUCGAAUAGUGAGCAGCAAUUUGGACUGUGGAUUCGUGCUAGUUAG